UUUGCUGCGUUGCCCCCGCCUCCCUGCUGUCUGGGCGCCUGUGCCGCACCCACCGGCCCGCCCCGCCAAACCCCUCUCGUGUGUGUGCUUGUGCGUGCUGGCGCGCCCCCUGCCCUCCCACUGCCGCUGCGGGUGCGCAUAACAACACACAUACAGGCAGGCAAACAGGCAGGCAGCAGUGCACCGUUGGGGCACUGCAGCGGCGCCAAUUUGCACGUGGCGACGGCGGCGCAGUGUGCGGCUGUGCGAAGUCCCGCCGCUGGAAGAGAAGGGAAUGGGAGGGAGGGAGAGUGGACGGUGUGGCUCACCCUCUCUUUCCUUGCGGGGUGGCAGCGCGCUGCGGGUGGCCGCGUCCCUUCGGAGGCGCCGUGCCCCGCGCACGGUGUGUGUGUGAGUGUGUGCGGCCAGCGCGGUGGGUGUUCGCCUUGGGUGUCGUGUGACCUCUCUCUCUCUCUCUAUUGUGCGGCUGUGUCCGUGCAGCCCAGUGGAGAGCGUCUGACGGCGGGUCAGCAGGUGCUAGCGCCGCAUCCUGCUGUCAGGACCGUUUCUUCUUCCCCGCAUGACUCCUCCUUCCCCCCGAUUCUCUUGUCUCCGUCCAUCCCUGUUCCUGCUGCGCUCUUCUGCCGACGGCUGGCGCGGCGUCCGACAUGUUGGCAGCACGCACUCCAAACUGCAGUGGCAAUGCCGGUGCGGGUUCUUGUGACGCUGCCCCCGAUGGACGGGCCUGCCGUGACGGAGGCGGCGCUGGCGGAGCAGGUGCUGGAUGAGUUCACCGCCGCGCGCCGCGCUGGCUCCGCGGAGGAGCUGCCCUGCUCCGUCUCCUCGCUGCGCCUGCAGCAGGCCACCCGGCAGCGCUACCCCGUCGCGUAUGAACGUCUUGUGUUUGAGGGGCGUUGGCGCGGCAAGUGGCACCGUUUCGCGGAGGAGGUUGUGGGGCUGCACUGCUUCCUCUACAUGCCGCUGGACUACGCCGAGGCCUGCGGCCUCUGGGCCCACACCGCGCCGAAUGAGCUGCGGUGCUGCCUUGUGGGCGAGGACCUCCGCGUGGUGCGGCAGGCGGACGAGGACAUGGGCGCACGGCUGCGUGAGCGUCUUCUUCACAAGGGGGCGUUGCACCGCUUCUGCGACGCGGCGCUGCGGGCGGCGCAGGCGGACGCUGGUGCCGGCGGUGCUGGCAGGGCGAGGUGGAGGGCGCCUCCCCUGGCGCCGGCUCUUCGUGGGCUCGCGAAGGGCGCGCCCUACUCUGGCUGCGGCGGGGGCGCCGUGGGGCGGCUGCGGCGCGGCGCCGCGAGGGAGGUUGCGGGGAUGCUGGUGGCGGAAGACUCGCAAGCGCGGCACGUGGGUGUGUCGCGCCUCCGCCGCCACGUUGCGCAAUGUCUCGAGACGUGGGUGCCGGCGGACUCCGUGGCACGAACCGAGAAAGGCCGCUUCAUGGCGGCGUUGGGGUGA